AGCGGCUUCACCGCUGGGUCGCUGCUGGCCGCUAAUCCUUCCCGCCCUUCCUAGACUAGCUCGGUUGCUUGGUCGAGUCCCCCGGGCCUGUGGACGUUAUUUGUUUUAAAGCAUGGUCUCUGCUGGCCGCGACUGCCGUCGAAAGUGAGAGCUGUUGCUGGCGUGACGUACGCCCUGAUACACUGGCUGUCCAACUCCAGCGCGCUCUUAUCACCACUGUCGAUGCGGCAUCCAAACGAGUACCGAACCGCGCCUUCGCCCCGCUCGAUAUGAAGCGCGGUGCGCUCGACACCUUCUUCAAGCCCGCCGGGCCCAAGAAACCUAAAUACGAAGCGAGCACGGUGAAGUCGACUCACCCGUCCUAUCCCUUUGCCAUCCCGCACCUGCCCGGCCCGUUGAUCGAGACGUUGAACUUCGCACCGGCGGCGGAGGGAAAGCUCAUCAACGAUCAGCUGGACCUCGACCUGGUGUACUAUCAACCAUACGUGCCUAGCGCAAUUGAGAAAGGCAUGUUCGACUUCCUGCGCCAAGAACUCCCCUUCUACCGCGUGCAGUACAAGAUCAACCGCGGGGGCGUCGAAACACUUAUCAACACGCCGCGCUUCACUACUGUGUUUGGCGUUGAUGCUACCUCUCGCUUCGCCGACGAUGGCGAGCUCGUAGACGCGAAGACCGGCAGGAAGGUGGAAGCAGGACGCUACAAGUGCACGCCCCGCCCUAUCCCCCGAUGCCUCGCUCAUCUGAGGAGAUUGACGGAGGGCAGUACAGGCGAGACGUUCAACUUCUGCCUCGUGAACUACUACGCCGAUGGGCAGGACAGCAUCUCGUACCACUCCGACGACGAGCGCUUCCUGGGUCCCAAGCCGGCGAUUGCGUCCUUCUCGCUCGGCGCGAAGCGCGAUUUCCUUAUGAAGCACAAGCCCAUUCCGCCUUCCACCGCCUCCCCUCCCGCCGCGGAGCCAAAGCAGCUCAAGCUUCCGCUGGGCUCGGGGGACAUGGUGCUGAUGAGGGGCAAGACGCAGGCGAGUUGGCUGCACAGUAUUCCGAAGCGGGCGGGCGCAGAGGCGAGCAGGGGGCGGAUCAAUAUUACGUUUCGAAAGGCACUGGUGAAGGGCGGGACGGAGAAUUAUUAUCAGUAUAAUGUGGGAGGCGGCGGGGUGUUCAGGUGGGAUGCGCGGUCGGGGAAGAUGAUGGCCUGGAGCGAGGGUGCUGGUGCUGCGAAUGGGGCACAGAAUGGAGCGGGGACCGCAACUGCAGAGUAG